GAGUCCUUGUUCAAACUACGAGAGGGUUGUACAGUGCGCAUGACAGUAAGUAACUUGUUGGCUCGGAAAGCGUUUCAAAGCGGCAGUGCGGCGUCCGACGUCCUCAGCGUAUCCCGCUGGGGUUUACCGCUCCCGGACUAAGUUUCCGUUACGAAAAAUCCGCGAAAAGCGUUCGAAUUUCGAAUUCGAAAUGGAUUAGGCGUGUUUUGUUUUUCAUUGACUUUUCUGCCAUGUUGGAAGCGGGGUUUCACGAAACAUGGAUACAACGUGACUUUAAAGAAAUUAAGAUUGAAUUUGAUGGAAUGAUUGAACUGUAAGUGUUUGUGAUGGCGUUGAAGAGACUUGUUAUCGUCUGGGCGGUCUGGCUGGCGUUGCCAUUGGCAACGGGCCAUCUCAACGUGCUCAUCAGCCAGGCUGAAGUGAUGAAAUUGCUCGGUCUCGACGCAGAACUAUACUACGUGCGAGAAGGCGUGGUAAACACCUACGCCACAGGCUUCAUCGUACCAGUGCCUGCGCACAUAGCAGAUCUGGAGUUUAUGUGGCAGUCUUUGGGCAGGAAACCAUUACCAUACGUUAUGGACAUAGACUACGAGAGCCGAAGCGCGAUGCUGCCGCCGCAAGUCAACAUCUCGGAGAGGGGGAUGGUGCCCACCAAGUUGCAAGCUUUCAGAGUACGCUUACCGUGCACCGGCAGCAGAAGCGCUGAGAUUCUGGUGACUAUGCAACUGAACAUUUCGGCUCCUGAUCGCGCCCACAAAGAUGUACGGCUUUUGUUUAAAAGGAACAAGAUAUGCUUGAAAGGUUUAUCAACAGUAGUCACCCACAACGAGACCGCCAUGCUGGCCGGCGGCGCCACCCGCGGCUCCAGCGGCGUGGCCUUCGCUGCUGGCGGCUGCGCGGCUGCAGCGCUGGCGCUGCUGGCGGCGGCGGCCGCGGCGGGCACGCUUUACCGACGGGGCGGGAAGGCGCGCCAUCAUGAUUCUAUACAUACAUCAUACACUACAGCAGCCUACGGCAGCCACCAGAACGUCCUGCUCCGAUUGGACACCCUCGGUAGACCACCGAGCUCCACCGGUUCUUAUGCUACGAUAGCUAGCUUACAUAAAUUUCCAUUUGGCAGCAGAAGAUCCCCUUCGCCGUACGCGACGACCCACAUCGGUGAGCACGUGUACGCGAAGCCCGAGUCCCGGGUGUCCUACUACGCUGCCUCUAAUCUCACGCACGUCUCGCAGACCACAAUAACCAAGGAUCGCAUCACAGACCCGGCGGAGCAGCUCCGAAUUCUGACAACACCUCGUUCAAACAUUCGUCUCGAGAUCCUAGUUCAUGAGGGGACGUUUGGACGAGUUUAUAAGGGGGUGUACAAACGAGGGGAUACGUAUGAAGAGGUCUUAGUUAAAACCGUGUCAGAAGCAGCAUCGGCCAUGCAAGCAGCCCUGCUCGUCGCCGAAGGUCUAAGGCUGUGUGGCCUCGUCCACAACAACGUACUAGCACCAAUGGCAGCCUGCGCUGAAGAAGCACGGAAACCGCUUCUAGUAUAUUGCUGCGCUUCUCACUCUUCUAAUCUUAAAAGGUUCUUAACAUCAUGUCGGCUAGGCCACCAGGCAGCACCAGCGACGCGGGAGUUAGUAGAGCUUGGUGCACAAGUGGCUUGCGGCCUGUCUUACUUACACGUCCAACGUUUCGUACACGCUGACGUCGCUGCGAGGAACUGCGUAGUGGAUGAGAAAUUGAGACUGAAGGUGACCGACAAUGGCCUAUCCAGGGAUCUAUUCCCUGAUGACUACCACUGUCUUGGAGAUAACGAGAACAGACCAGUGAAAUGGAUGGCGCCAGAAUCUCUUCUGCAGAACCAGUACACAACAGCUUCUGAUGUGUGGGCGUUAGGGAUAACGCUAUGGGAGCUGGCAACUCUUGGUGCUUCUCCAUUAGCUGAAUUGGAUGCUGCUGAUGUUGGAGCAUUCCUCAGCGGAGGCUAUCGGCCAUCUCAACCACAUAACUGUCCGGAUGAACUGUAUGGCCUAAUGUCCUGGUGCUGGACCACUUCUGCAUCAGCGCGACCGACAGCACCUCAGCUUUUGGCGGCCCUUCAUGACUUCAGACAAGCACUUAGCACGUAUAUCUAACUUUUGUUGUAUCAGGAUCUUAACACCUUUGUUUGACCAUCUCACUGCUUCAUUCUGUUUCAAAUAAGUAGCUUUGAAAUAUGUAUAUUGAAGAAUAUACUUUUAAACUUUUUAUUCAGGUACCUAUCCGAGACGUUUAACUUUUGGAAUAUUAUAGUCAAUUCAAAUAAUCACUCGGCACUAUUUUUCGUAUACUUACUAAACCCAAAGUGCCUGCCAAAGAAUCUUAAAAUCAGCUAAGUAGAUGGAGCAUAAAAUCGUUAGGUAAAACCAAAGAUGUAAUGUCGGAUGGCGUAGCGCUUGAGCUAGGGAAUUGGUGUAGGAUAAAAUAAGGAAAUGCAAAACGGUGAUAUAUUUUUAAUUAAGUCAUAAGAACCCAUUAUGAGUACGAGUAUACCCAAAAUACUUAAUUAUCUUUCUUGAAAUGAAGCUAGUUAGACCGUAGGUAUCAUAGUAAGCGACAUUACAGCAGAAUAUAUAACCAAAGCAAUUAAAUGUCCCCAAAGACGGUUACCAAAGAUUAGGUAUAAUUUUAAGAUAACCUAUUAUAUGACUAGACAAAAAUGAAAUAUAAAAUAAAUAAGUUAAAUUAUCUAAACUAGGUUGGACGAAUGCAUGUACUUACUUAGUAAUUUGGUCUUGUAACAUUAUUAUAUUAUUUUAUGUUUUGAGUACCUACUACUCUCAGUUUUAGGAAUACGAAGUCUGAUUGUUAAUAUUAAUAAUAGUAGAUUUAUUUUAAAAGCAUAUUGCAAUAUUUAGUUUGCCAUUGUUAAUUUGUUAUACAUAAUACAAUUUUUACACUUGUUUAAUGAUUGCACGUUUUUACAUUUUUGAAAAUUUGGACCAAUAUCGCCCAACCUCUUUUGUACAUACGAAAUCGAUGCAAAAGGAAUUUAAUUUUGAUAAAUAGAGCCGAUGGCUUUGAUUAAUUUAAUUGCGAUAUUAAUCGUUUUAGACAUAAUUAUUAGGAUAGAGUUCCUGAGGACAUAAAAGUCCGUCCAGGCACAAAAGGAUACAACACCAAAGCAGUAGUUAGUCAUGAUAUAGUUGACGAAAUGGUUUCGAUGAAUCUACAAUUUAAUAAAAAUUGAAACGAAUUACUUAGUAGCAUCGACAAAACAAUAAUAAUGAGAUCUCAUAACGCGAGUUGGCACAGUGGCUGGUAACAGCCACUGGGUAGAAAGCGACGCACACCUCUCGACACCCCUGAGCCGCUCACACCAUGUUGCUCCUGGUCGUCUUUACGACGGCAGUUUCAGGGGCCCAUCUAGUCAGCGGCGAGUCACCGCCUGCCUCGAUGACGGUGUUAACAUUGUUAUGGCAGGUGUCCGGACCUCUUUUACAAUAGCCCAAUCUCAUUAUCCACCCAAACAUCAAUCCAUAGACCGGUAUACUGUUCACUUUUUCUACAAUAGUCCCAAUGCCUGCUGAGACCGGUUCAUGGGUGUCUAUUGUUACGCCUGUGAACGGGUUCCAGCAGGCGUUCUACAUGACAUUAAAGCUCUCCAAAAGGCCUCUACGUGUUGGAUCUAUAUCCCCACGCAAGCCUAUCAAAAGACCGGGAUUUAUAGGCCCGUGAUAUCUAAGGAGAUCUCAUAAUAAAAU